AUGUUCCGACUGGCACGGCCAGUUGCUAUGCAGAGAACUGUGCAAGGAUUCCGACAAUUUCCUGACGUUGUCUUCGCGGUGAAAAAUAGUUUCGACCACAGGAGGCUUUGGACAGUCAUCUUCGGAGGGUUCUACUUCUUCAUCAAUCUCGGUGCUCUCAUACAGAUCAUCCACAAGCGUAUUCCAGCCUUUGACGAGGCGAAUGAGCCUUUGAAGAAGUUGAUCAUCGCGGCUGAGGAAUUCGUCAAGACUUAG